UCGUCUGCUAUUUAGUCACACGUCUUGUUCAUCUGGCUGUCUCAUGUUAUAUAGGCCUUAAAUGUGGCACCGUGGCCUCAGAGACAACAUAUAUUGCGCCUUGGCCACCGGUGAAGUGCACGGAGUUGAGAUGUAUUAUACAAGAGCUCCGUUAUAGCCCCUUGAGUGCGCUCGUUGCCUAAUUACAGGUGUAGGGAAGGAUGCCGGCCGACGAAGGCCCUGGGGCGGGUGUGAGAGAAGUUCGGGGAAUUGAGGGCCAUUAUGCUGCCAAAACCUCCUCCAGGGCCUCCCUCGCCAGCGUCCCCACACCCACCUCCUGCUUUUCCUCAUCCAGUUCUUCCGUCUCGGAGAUUGUGGGCCUCGGGGGCCAACUGCGAUCCAAUGAGUCCUUAUCCUCAGCAGAAUCCCACUCUACUUCCUUCCGCGACGCAGUUGUUUCCUCUUCAGGAGAAACCUGCGCCAGCAGCAGCGUGUCUGCAGUGCAGCCCGAAUUGGGGCACGUGGAGAACACUCAGCAAGUGUCCCCGGCCUCGCCAGCAUCACAGGCUUCACUCCUCAUCCAGGAGCACAGUGUGCCGGCAAUCUCAGAGAGGAACAAUGGCUUCUCACCGGUUUCCAUGCGCCGAACUAGCCCGGACUCUACUCCUACAGUGACUAUCUCACGCUACGUUCCCCCAACCAACUCGGUUGGAUGGCCCAGAGGCUCCCCCACACCGUCUGCAGCUUCCUCAGUGUCUUCGUCCGUCGGCCAGUCUUCCGCCUCGCCCAUACUAGGUGCUAUGCCUCUGAUGGCUUCGGCAGUAUGUACAUCUCUAUUGUCUUCCUCGCCGGUAUCGUCAAUUCCCCUCUCCAUCCCUCCGGUGUCGUUAUCGCCGUACCUAUCCCGCACCCGCUCCCCCAAUACCACCAGAAUAGUGAGGUCCAGCCCCGCCAACCAGCAGCCAUCGCCCGCCUCACGGAGGUCUUCUCCAGCAUUUAGGAUAACAGACGCUUCCAGUACCUUGGACCAGUUAGUAGGUUCGAGCAGCCGGCCAUCAGUAGGCUCGAGGGGUGAGCAUGGUGUGGCCCGCGUCCCCAACCUGGCCAUCGCCCACCUCGCCUCCAGCGAUGCCGUCCCUCCGUGCAUCCCCUCGCCACCCCCUACCUACGACCAGCUUUGUAACCCUAAUGCGCUGCCGACCUACCAAGAGGCAACCCAGAGCUCUGGCAGCAAGCGACGCGGGGAACACAGGACUGUGUUUACUCUGCCGUCCAGCGCUGAUUCCACCGCCACCGACUCACUCCAGCAGACAUACGUGGUACAAGAUGGAGACAGAGGGCUGCGUGGGGGUGUCUUGGCGUCUCUCGCUGCCGAGCUGAGUGACUCUGAGGGAGGCUACUCCACAAUCCUCGACGCCAUACCCCAUGAGCACCCCAGAGACUCCUGCGUCAGCGUCCCCGUCAGGUUCCUGGGGUCGUGUUCGCUGCACCGUCUGCGGCCGCCCAAGGUGCAACCUCCCUGCCUCACCUCCGUCUGCAACAAGGCCCUCGUCAGGAAGGAACUAAACCGGCGGUGGCCGUUCAUCGCGGGGGCCCGCGAGGACGACCACUGCCCUGGCCUUAUCCUAGUGGAGUGUUCCUCCCAUCUCACUGUCGCGCACCUCCCGGAGCCCUCCCGACACCAGGAUGGGGGCGUCAUGGGAAGUCUCAUGUCGGCCAGCGGCGGAGACGGGAACGGCAUCCUGGGUGACAACUUUACUGACGUGAUGCUAGGCUCCCCAAGCCUCACCACGACCACCACCACCGCCACUGUUGGAGGCGCCACUACCAUCGACCUAGACACCACCGCCCUCACCUCUCAGGUCCUCUUCUACUUGUGUGGCAAGUGUGUGGGCUACGACUCCUUUGACAUAGACAACGUGAAGGCCCACAUUGAGUACGACUGCCCCGGCUCCUACAACCAGUGGGGCAACAAUGCCGAGCUGUACCUGGUCCUGCGGGCGGUCCUCUUCGUUGUCAUCAUUAUAUUUGUGUUUGUGUGGCUUCCCUACCUCCGCCUCUAGCUGUACAAGCGCUGAGGAACAUUACAUGAAAUACACACCUUCUACGGUAUACACUGUAAUAUACGCAUAAACAUUAUGAUACGGGGAAACUUGUAUCACAUGUGAAUGUUUUCUAGGACAUGCAGGUUAAUGUUCUGUUCUAAGAUGUACAACAUGAACGUGUAAGCUCUAGGGAAGACAAUUAAAUUAUAUA